UUGAUAUCUAUCAAUAUUUCAAAAAUUUACUAAAAGAAAUGAUAUUUAAGAAAAAUUAAGUUAAAUAUUUCCUUUAUAAAUAAGCAACAAAGAAAAGUGAAUACAAUGAAAUCAUAUUUAUCAAGACUUCAGUAAUCUUUUUAUUUCAGUUCUUCUUUUUUCUCUUUAACUAUACUAAAUGUUGUUCACCAACAAAAAUUUGCGUGCAAUUCGCAGUAUUGGAAAUGUCAAUUAACAAAUAACAAUUCGUAUAUGUAUAAUCGGUCUGACGAUAAGAAAAUCGUUAUGUAUUUUCUAUAAUGUUAAUGGUAGAUAGCUACUGCAUUAGAUACAAUUAAACGAUGUGUUCUUAUCAUUAUUCAUAAUUAAAUUAUAAUGUGGUUACAAUAAACACAAGAUGCGAAGCAGUAUGAAAUGAUUAUGUGCAUUAUGUGCGACAGUGAUAAGAAUAUGAGCGUAGUUCAAUUGUUUGUCCUAUUUAUGAUGGACAGUGUGAAAAAAUAAUUAAUUAUAUGUAUAUGGAUGUGGUGACUACAUGGCCUAUUAUAUUCAUUAGAUUGAAAUUACUGUAGUCGAUAAUGAUAGUACCCAAAUUUUCUAUCAUUUUCAUUUGAUUCUAUUGAUUAUUUAUUUCGCGAAUGUAUAUGGAACCUUAUCGAUCGCAUGAUAAAACUCCCGUUAUAACUUAAAAAUCGAAUGAUACAUUAUAUAAUAUGUAAACCCAUCUUCUUUAUUAAAAACAAAACACAAAAAUUAUAUGAGUAUAUUUUACUAGCUCAGCUAUUUUAUUGGUAUUCCAUUCAGGAAAGAAAGAAAAAAAAAAGAAAAAAAGAAAACAGUUUGCCCAUUAGAAUUUUGAUAAUUUGUUUUGCACUAAAUUAAGUAGUAUCACAUAUAUUUUCAACGACCGUUUUAAUUAUAUUGAUUUGAAUAUUGGCGCGACGAAUACUACCGACAGAGAUACCAACUGUAAACACAAAACAAACGUUGCGUCAUAUUGCGCACUGUGUCCUGAGUCGUGUGUCGCGAAUCUCGUUUUCGAAAGAGCACGCACACACAUGCCGCGUCGUGAAAUCAAAUCAUCGGCCCGGGAAACAAGAGUGCAUAAAUCGGAAGAAACAAUCCUUAGUGUUUAUCAGAUGCAAUCGGUUUUGGCGCGUGUGGUUGCGUACGUGUCGCGUGACUGUCGAUUCACAUAUCUGUGCGCGCUCGGUAGGUCAAAAUGGCGUGAACCGACCGUACGAUUUUAGGUUAUCUUUGCUCGUGGCAAAUUACGGGGGGCCUGAAAAUAAAGACAAGCGUCUAUCCACGCUUGGCAUUUUCUUCUUCAACUUCUACACCGCGAUCCUCGUGCGUUUUUGGGCCCGAGUUACAUGAGUUAUGACGACGGAAUGCCCGCAGGCGGUAACAGUCGUUUCCGCGGUUACCCAGCGCGGAUGUCCGAGCGACAACAGCUCGCACUUCUUCUUCAAAUGACCUCUCAAGAAAUAGUGUCAGGCGGAAAUCGAACAGAAAACACAACUACAUCAAGCACUACCCCAAGGUCGUCGACAUUACAACAGCGAGGGUCAAAAGGCCGCUGGACUAGCAAAAAUGGGGAAUCGGCAGUCCAAGCAUCUAUCAACCGUAAAGAAGAUUUUCGAGUGCGACAGAUGCUCGUGAAUGGAUACGAUCUCAACGCUAAAGAAGCAAAUGAUAUUACAGGUGCAAGUUCACCUGAUGAGAGUACAACAGUCGCCCCUAAUAGCCCAUGCUCUCCGGGUGAAACGAGCGCAGCAGCGCCGUCGAACGAACAGGAGCAGGAGCAACAACAACAGCCUUACCAACAUCAUUCUCAGUUUCAACAACAGCAACGUACGACCGGAAGUGCACCAGCCGCUGCACCGCACGUUGCUGAAGACAGUGGAGCCCCCUGUGAAAUGCGGAGGACACCACCGCAAAAUAAAGUUGAUAGAUCGGGAACCGGGCAGUCUGGAAGCUCGCCGAGGGUGACGCUUCGACUCAACCAGGUGCGCGGAGCGAGGGAUGAGAAGAAAGGAGGGAGCGCUGCUAAUUCCCGUCAGGGCGGCAUGAACGUACAGAAUCAAGGUCAAAUGGAAAAUUCAUCAAAGACGUCAAACGUCUCGUCGGGGACCGUAAAUGCCGCCUCGGGUUCUGCUACCUCUGGGAACACAUCAUCGUCAACUGGUGGUGACAGUGGCGACGUGUACGAAUUCAAAAGUUCGAAAGAGCCAACACCAGUGAGAGGUACAAGCUCUUCGCCGAAUCCAAAUUCCGAAAAAGAUAAAGAUGGCAGCAAAUCUGCUAGCAAUCAAGGGGGUCAAAGCGGUGGUAACAACAACGCGUCUACCGUUGGUAGCGCGACAUCUUCCGGUGAAACAACGACCACGUCGAUAACCAGCGACGAUCCCCCUACGGUUUCAGCGUCGCCUUCGUCCAAACGUGCUUUUGAAAGCGAUAAUACGGAAGAGCAAGACGAAGAAAAUCGGCGGAAAAAACGAAAGGAUUCGGAACCUGUGAAAGAAAAUGUAAAAGGCACAACCACUGGAAGACAAAGCACGGGUAGAAAUGCUGCCAACACAGGGGAUAAGUGUACGAAAUCAGCUAAGCAAGGGUCUGGCACAACUUCUGGUAAAAGUAAUCAAAACACCGCUUCGAUUAGUACAGAUAGAAAAAGUCCGAGUAACUCUUCGAUAGCAAGCAGUCCGAAGCCUUCAAACUCUUCUGGUACAACGACUAAUAUCAAAACAACUACACCGGCCCCAGCUGAAUCCGACGGCGAGGAUGAUCGAUCGAAAGGUUCAGACUCGAAUUCAGCUCCUAAAGUACCGCCUUUAAAAAUAGUUAUUCCUCAAAGUACCACUUCUGAACAAGAACAGGGUAACAGAAAUGGGAAAAGCACGUCUAAUAGAAGUCAUCAAUUACCUUACGUAGUCGCGAGUUCCAAUAGUAAUGAUUCUACGGAUAAAGAUCAAAGUCAGUCCGCUAGCGGUACAACGAGCCCCACAGAAACUGGGAGUAAUACCAAGAGCGAGGAUAAAAAAGAUUUUACCGGUGCUUUACACGGGGAAGAAAGAUCGACGCAUCAUCAGAGAGUGCUACGGAGUUCGCAUAGAUCCGGUAACGGUGGUAAUGGAUCAACGACUUUAAAAGAAACCUCUGCCUCCUCGGGUAAUGGAAAUUAUUCGAAUUCUUCGCCACUGCCGGUAACUACUACUGAUCGUUCUAAUAAUUCCUCUCCGCAACAACGACAUCAUUCGCCAACACCUGAAACAACAGGUUCUGAAUCGAAUAAAAAUACGUCGACAGAAGCUUCGAAUAGUAGUAACACCGCCUCCAAGACGAAUACAGCGACAGAAAAGUCAGAGAAAAAUACUGAAACUGGGGGGAAAUGUCAGAAAGAUAACGGAACAGAAAAUUCGGAAAGCACUUCUACAACUACCUCAUCGACGACAUCAAAUGUAAACACCCCGGCUCCACCUGUUGAACUUCACCCUAGGAAAAGGAAAAUGAAACCUAAUAAAGAAGCUCAACAAGCUGCCACAGCUGCGUCCAAUGAAACAUCUGAAGCCACUAACGCGGGUCCAGAAGUUCAUCCGCACGAUCAACCCAUUACUAAUUGUUAUCAAUUAUUUUUAAACAUCAGGAAGCAAAUUGAACGAAGAAGAAAAGGCCUUUUCCCGGUGCAACCAAAACCACCUCAGGGCUUCAAGGAUUAUUUAAUGAAUCGGUGUACAUACGUAUUGGCUGGAAAUGCUAAUAAAGAGCCAAACGUUAAUCCCCCCGUUGGAUUACAAGGCCCUAUGAAAGACUUGUAUAUUGAACAAGAAAAAGAAAGAUAUCGUCUUAGAAUGCAGCAUGUAGUUGAAAAAGAAAAAUUAGUUUUAUCAGUCGAACAGGAGAUUCUUAGAGUACAUGGUAGAGCAGCUAGGGCUCUUGCUAAUCAAUCUCUUCCCUUUUCUGUUUGUACAAUAUUAAAGGACGAAGAAGUUUAUAAUGUUAUUACUCCAGAACAAGAAGAAAAAGAUAGAAACGCGAGGAGCAGAUAUAACGGCAGACUGUUCCUGAGCUGGCUACAGGAUGUCGAUGACAAAUGGGAAAAGAUUAAGGAAGCAAUGUUACUCAGACAUCACAACGAAGCAGAAUCAUUGCAUGCUGUGCAGAGAAUGGAUUGGGAGUGGAAAUUGAAAGAAGUUGGAUUAUGCGAAUUCAAAGCAACACCUCAAAUAGAAGAUAUUCAUGUUCCAAUGGUACACGUUUCGGAUGACUUUGAUUUACUCCCAGCUUAGUGUACGAUGAAUGCACAAUUAACUCGGCAUAACUGUUUUGCUCAUGCCUUUGAUAUCAAUUCAAAGGUUAUGAUUAUAAUCUGUGAUCUCUUAAUAAUGUAUCCGCCAUUCUUGCACGGUUACCAAAUUACAUUAUGUUGCUUCUAUAGUUUAUUAUUACAUCUGGAGGCUAUAUUUAGAAAACACUUGAUUCUCUAAUUAAGUUACUAUCUUAUAUUUAUAUGCUUUUAUUAGUUUUUCAAAAUUUCAAUAUCAACUUCAAUUAUUUCUGUGCUUGUAACAUAUUUUAUUUACGAACUGUACAUUCAAACUUAUAAAUAUCGACUGGAGAUGUGUAGUUCUCUUGCUAAUUGGGUUUAAUUAAAAAAGACAAUGACGAAGUUUAUCUGCAUUGUGUUUUAGUAAUUUGGUGCUGUAUUUUUCAGUGUAGGACCUCUACAUAAUAAUGUACUGUACAUAUUUUGUACCUAGCAACGUAUAUAGUACUUUUAAGUAAUGUAUAAAAGUUUUAGAUUAAGAAACUGUAAUAAAUGAAAUUACUUUAAACUACUUUAAA